CUCUCUCUUUGUUUCGACACCAGCUCUAUUUUUGACCUACUACUCUGCGGGAAUUCUGGGAAGAAGAAAGGCGCUAGCGCUGUCGUAUGCUCUAUCAGCAAUCUUCUUCGGACUGUUGAUCAUCUGCCCUCUCUCCUCGGCAUGGAUGACAGCAUUCCUGGCGGGUGCUAGAAUGUCUGUGACAACAGCCUUUAGUUUGAUGAUCAUUUACACACCAGAGGUGUAUCCGACGUCAGUGCGAGGCAUGGCUGUGGGUGCGUCACGGGCUCUCUACCGGCUAGGUAGUGCUGGUGUGCCCUUCCUCUCACAGGUUCUGCUGAGGAAGUCCGUAGUUGGCAGCAAAGCUGUACACACCGCAGUGACUCUGACGGCUGCUUUCAUCUGCUUGCUCUUGCCCAUCGAGACCAGGAAUCGACAGCUAGGGGAAUGAACCCUGGCAUGACGCAGCAGCCUCUAGAAGCCUGGAGAAAACAGGCUGACAUCUGGGACUUGACAACCACAAUCCCUUUCAUCGGAUACGCCUCCCACAUUUACUGACAAAAAUUGUUCGCUUUUUACUGACCUUCUUUUAUACAGAAAAAGAGUAUCUUUUCGUUCUUACUAUUUGUGGACCUGAGAAAUGUAGACGAUAGACGACCCAGCGGCCAACAACUUAUCCAGGCUGCCUUCUAUUCGAAUUUGUACUUAUUCUGAGGAUGCAGAUUAGGAGAGCCGAGAGGCACCCUUUCUCACUUUCCAGGUGUCCUUCAUAACAGGUUCCACGGAAUUUUUUCAGCUGGUAGAUUUACGCAAGUCAUUUGACGACCCAGCGGCCAACAACUUAUCCAGGCUGCCUUCAAUUCAAUUCCUAUUCUGAGGAUCUGUGCAGAUCGAGAGGCACCCUUCCUCACUUUCCAGGUGUCCUUCACAACAGGUUCCACUGUAUUUUUUUCAGCUGGUAGAUUUACGCAAGUCAUUUGCUUUCCAAAUUCUGGGGGAUUUGUGUGAAAAGACCCAGAUUUGAUUACAGUAUCUCCAAAUUCUGUUGCAAAUUCCCUACCCCUUUACCUAGAUUUACAUAGUGAGAUUUUUUAUCAAAUGAAAUUUUUUCCAUUCAUCAGAAUAUUUAUCUUGCACAUAGUAGUACUUGUACAAUUUUAAGUUUGUAACACUUGAUCAGUUCAUGCCAGCUGAGCAGGAUCAUCAUUAUCAUGAACUGGAAAUCGAAGCUCUAAAAUCCUAAAAAAUACGCGUGCAAAACGA